AUGGUGUGGUCGAGCUUUGUAGCCUUGCACGAGGAAGUGGCGGAAUGGAGCGACGAUGCGCUAGAGCAUAAGAGCGACAUCCUCGUGGAGGGUCAAUUGAUGCAUCAACGGCGUAUCAGUCGGAAAUGUUCGUUCUUCGAUUUGGCGGCUGUGGCCACCGAAUCGGAUGGCGAAAGAGAGCGCAUUGAGGUGAUCCUCAAAAUCAUCGAUGGGGAGUUGUCAGCGGAAGAAAUCGAUACUAUCCGAUACAACGUCAAAGUUGGAGAUAUUGUCCAUAUUCGAGGGUUCGUGGAGCGUCUUGGAGAUGGCGCCUCCAUUUUGGUACAUGCACGCGACAUUACAGUGGUCCGAGCGUGGAAGGAUGAAAAUCCUGGCGUGCCGUUCCUCCCUUUGCCUACGCGAGCGCAUUGCAAGUUUUGGAUUAACUCGAAGACUUGUCAGCAUGGCGACAACUGCGAGUUUUUCCACGUCGAUGAUGCCGAGCGGAAGACAGAGCGUGCCGGGUGGCUGAAAGAUCGAUUGCAUCUCAAACGCGUCCGAGCUCACAUCGAGGAAGAUCCUCUGGAACCGCACGGGAAAAUUGGAAAGCAGCAACGCGCGCAGGUGUUUGUCGAGUGGCUGGUUGAGACAUUUGGAGCGGAAUUUCUUGCAUCGGGCAAAGGAGUUGUGGACGUUGCAGGGGGUAGAGGGAAUGUAUCCUUCGAGCUCUGGAACAAGAGGCGACUUCCUUGCACACUCAUCGAACCGCGUCCGAUGAAGCUUUCAAAGCAACAGCACAAAUAUCUGAAGAAACAGAAGAAGGAGCGCAGGCAAUCGAGUGAAACCGAGGCCUCAUUUUCCGAGGCGCUAGUGCCGCAAGUUACGGCACUCUUCAACAUGGAUUCCUUCCUGGAGACCACGGAGAACGUUCAACUGGUCGAGCAGUCAUCUCUUCUUCUUGGCAUGCACCCUGACGAAGCCACGGACUCGAUUUUCGACGUUGCUAUCAAGUUCAACAAACCUUUCGCAGUGGUGCCUUGCUGUGUGUUUGGGCAAAAGUUUCCUCACCGCCGACGCGCGGAUGGCAGCAAGGUCGUGUCGUAUGAAAACUUGGUCGAGUACCUUGCUGCCAAACACCCAGAAAUCGAGAAGGCAUUUCUACCGUUCGACGGCAAAAACUUGGUACUUUUCCGACGACCACGUUUGGUCGAAUAG